AGUAAAAUUGUAGUUCCAUUUGGUCUCUGUAGAAUAGUAGGUGCGGUUCGUCUCCCCCAGAACCCAUCAAGCAUUCGCUUGUUUUUUCCAUUCAGACAGUAAUAAUUGGAUGGAACUUGAAGGCAUUUCGGACACCAAAAUGUUGGGAUUGAGAGCGACACUGGGGCACAAGCGUUCAAAGAGAGUGAGGAGUCUGGUUUUCUUCCUUGCAAUGGAAAUGAGAAAGGAAAUUGUUGCUUGGGUUUGGCUGAGUAGAGUAUCUAUGCAGCAGACGAGCUUUCCUGAAAAGAGAACGGUUGAGGAAGAUGGCCAGGAUAGUUCUCUGGAAGCAUCAAACCGGAUAAAGCUGGAUAUGAGGCAGAUGAAGGACAAUUCCAAACCCAAGAAGCAAUCCCCUGGCUCUGAGGUCCAAAAUUCUCUGAAGCUAGAGAUUCUACAACUUGAGAAAAGAUUACAAUACCAAUUUGAGGUCCGUCAUGCAUUAGAAAAGGCAUUGGGACAUAGACCUUCCUCUAAUGAUAAUAUAAAUGAAACAUCAAUGCUAAUACCCAAGCCCACUACAGAAUUAAUUAGAGAGAUUGCAGUAUUGGAGGUGGAGGUUGUAUAUUUGGAACAGUAUCUUCUCUCAUUGUACAGGAAAGCAUUUGAUCAUCAAAUGUCUAAUGUAUCUCCUUCUAAAAGGGAUAAAAGAUUGAAAUCAUCUUUAGCUACUCCAAGAGGGAGGUUUUCAGAAGUUUUGGUGCCUGAUAUUACAUCAAAAGCAGAAAAUUCUGCUACUGAAUCUGGUUUUGACAAUCCAUUGAAGGAGCCUAGUGGUAUUGAAGAUGAAGAGAAACUAAUAGAUUCUGGCGUCCAUCACUGUCAUUCCUCACUAUCACAUCGUUCAACAUUUUCUACAAGAACUUCUCCUCCUGGAGAGUCUUUUGGAAAGGCUCUACGUGCCUGCCAUUCUCAGCCUCUUUCCAUGAUGGAGUAUGCUCAGAAUGCAUCAAACAUAAUCAGUUUGGCUGAGCAUCUCGGUACACGAAUUUCAGAUCAUGUUCCAGAGACACCAAACAAGCUUUCUGAAGACAUGAUGAAAUGCAUGUCAGCUAUUUAUUGCAAGCUUGCAGACCCACCUUCAGCACAUAAUGGUCUCUCAUCUCCAAAUUCAUCUAUGUCCUCAGCUAGUGCAUUUUCACCACGAGAUCAGUAUGACAUUUGGAGUCCUGGGUUCAGAAAUAAUUCAUCCUUUGAUGUACAGUUAGAUAACCCUUUCCAUGUUGAAGGGCUUAAAGAAUUCAGUGGACCAUAUAGCACAAUGAUUGAAGUGCCAUGGAUUUACCGAGAUAGUCAGAAAGUGGGUGACAUUGAACCCUUGCUAGAAAAUUUCAGGUUACUUAUUUGUCGAUUGGAAGAGGUUGAUCCCAGGAAGUUGAAGCAUGAGGAGAAGCUAGCCUUCUGGAUCAAUGUACACAAUGCACUAGUGAUGCAUGCAUUUUUGGCUUAUGGCAUUCCACGGAAUAAUGUGAAGAGACUCGUUCUACUAUUGAAGGCUGCAUACAAUGUAGGGGGCCACACCAUCAGUGCAGACACGAUUCAGAGUUCCAUUCUAGGGUGUCGGAUGUCUCGUCCUGGACAGUGGCUUCGCAUAUUACUCUCUUCAAGGACAAAAUUUAGGCCUGGAGAUGAAAGGCAGGCAUAUGCAACUGAGCGUCCAGAACCUCUUUUGCACUUUGCACUCUGUUCAGGAAGCCAAUCUGAUCCUGCGGUUCGUGUAUAUACACCAAAGAGAGUAUUCCAAGAGCUGGAAGCUGCAAAAGAAGAGUACAUCCGGGCUACUUUUGGCAUUCGCAGAGAUCAGAAAAUACUUUUACCAAAGAUCGUAGAGUCCUUUGCAAAGGAUUCAGGUUUAUGUCCAUCUGGUAUUAUGGAGAUGAUCCAACAGUCUCUACCUGAAUCGCUGCGUAGGAGUGUUAAGAAAUGCCAGCUAGGAAAAUCCCGGAAGAGCAUAGAAUGGAUCCCUCAUAAUUUCAGUUUUCGUUAUCUAAUAUCCAUAGAGUUGGUAAGAUGAUUGUGGUGUCUUUUUGCCAUACCUGCAUCUUUUUGAAGAGUUGAUUUUGAAAGAUAUAGCAUUUUUCUUGUACAAAGUAGAAAAUUAGGAGGAGAAUGGUAGGAUAUAACAUGGCAACACUGGCUUAACUGUCAUCAUGUUGUGGCCCAUAUUGCCAGUCACCGGAAAAAGUGUCUGUCUUUUGUAAUAUGAAGGACUCAAAAUGUACCAGUGAAUUAUUGAGGUUUGUAAAUAGAUUUAUUGCAAUUCU